UUAUGGGCGUGGCACUCCUGCCACCCACAAAGUGAGGUUAGAACAGCCCUUCCCAAACAAAUUCUAAUAAACAAUGGCUCGUUCCGAAACCACCCCAGUAUUAACGUCCGAAAUGGCCAUAGAAAUCCUCAACAAAACCCUAGAAGAACUGCAGACCCCCCAAAGCGUGAAAAAACUCGAAGACGCUAAAGACAACGUCGGCAACGAGAUGCUAAAAAUGAUGCAGUUUUUAUUCCCCAUAGUGAUGCAGGUCGAAAUGGACGUUAUAAAAGACUUCGGUUUUCCCAGUGGCCGCGAAGGCAUAAUAAAAUUCACACAAAUGUUGCGAAAUCUCGAACGAGAGGACACCGAAGUGGCUCGCCUCAACGGUUUGAUCAAAGCCUACUAUUUGCCCCCGGUUUCGGUGAACGCGUCGAGUGAAUCUCCGGCGGAGGAACGCACGAGUAGUAGCUGAGUCGUUGAAUGAUUUUUUUGUAAUAAAAAAAAUACCUUUUAUUGUGCAUAUGGUACUCUAAAAUGAAAACUAUUGGAUACAAAAUCUGUAAAAAUAUGUUCCCUAUUUUACACCUGAGCAAUAUAAAUCUACAACUUUAUACAA